CCCCACUUCCAGAGCCAUGGCUGAAGGGGGCGAAGGAGGGGAAGACGAGAUACAGUUCCUACGAACUGAUGAUGAAGCUGUACUUCAGUGUGUAGCCAACAUCCAUAAAGAACAGCGCAAGUUCUGCCUGGCUGCAGAGGGGCUUGGAAAUCGCUUCUGUUUUUUGGAACCAACCUCAGAAGCUAAAUAUGUCCCUCCUGAUCUUUGCAUCUGUAAUUUUGUACUGGAGCAGUCUUUAUCUGUCAGAGCCCUCCAGGAAAUGCUUGCCCACACAAGAAACACUUCCAAGGAAGGGUUUAUGACAAAGGCAGCGCAAGGAGGUGGUCACAGAACCCUGCUGUAUGGCCAUGCGAUUCUGCUUCGGCAUUCUUUCAGUGGAAUGUAUUUGACAUGUUUAACAACAUCAAGAUCUCAGACAGAUAAGCUCGCCUUUGAUGUGGGCCUACAGGAAAAUGCAAUAGGUGAAGCAUGCUGGUGGACCAUACGCCCUGCUUCUAAACAAAGGUCAGAAGGAGAAAAAGUACGGAUUGGAGAUGAUCUUAUUCUAGUUAGCGUGUCCUCAGAAAGAUACCUGCACCUUUCUGUGGCAUAUGGAAACACACAAGUAGAUGCUUCCUUUAUGCAAACACUCUGGAAUGUGCACCCCACUUGUUCAGGAAGCAAGAUUGAAGAAGGAUACCUACUUGGUGGUCACGUAUUACGUUUGUUCCAUGGCCAUGAUGAAUGUUUGACCAUUGCAUCUACAGAACAGAAUGAUUCCCCACAUAAGAGGGUCUUUUAUGAAGCUGGGGGAGCUGGAGUCCGUGCAAGAUCACUAUGGAGAGUAGAACCUCUUCGAAUAAGCUGGAGUGGAAGUUAUAUUCGCUGGGGACAACCAUUUCGCCUUCGACAUAUUACAACAGGACAGUUUUUAGCACUGACAGAAGACCUGGGUCUUGUUUUGUUAGACAGAGAAAAGGCUGACACAAAAUCAACUUCCUUUUGUUUUAGAGCAUCCAAGGAAAAACUGGAUUCUGCUCACAAACGUGAUAUAGAGGGCAUGGGAUUCCCUGAAAUAAAGUACGGCGAUUCUGUUUGUUUUGUGCAGCAUGUAGCUAGCACUUUGUGGCUGACAUACAAAGCACAGGAUGCUAAAACAUCACGUUUAGGACCACUGAAAAGAAAGGUUAUAUUACACCAAGAAGGGCACACAGAUGAUGGACUCUCCUUGCAAAGGUGUCAACACGAAGAAUCCCAGGCUGCUAGAAUUAUUCUCAAUACCACAAAAUUAUUCAGUCAGUUUAUAAGUGGAAACAACAGUGUUACAACUCCCAUCACUCUUCCCAUUGAAGAAGUAGUUCAGACUCUCCAAGAUUUAAUUACAUAUUUUCUACCUCCAGAGGAGGAGCUAGAACAUGAGGAUAAACAAAACAAACUUCGUUCCCUUAAAAAUAGACAAAAUCUAUUCAAAGAGGAGGGGAUGCUGGCAUUGGUUCUGAACUGCAUUGAUCGAUUAAAUGUAUACUACAGUACCGCUCAUUUUACAGGAGUUGGUAGAGAAGAAAAUAGCGCAGCAUGGAAAGAAAUUCUGAAUCUUCUUUACAAGUUAUUAGCUGCUCUCAUUUGUGGUAACAGAAACAAUUGUGCCCAGUUUUCCAAUAAUCUUGAUUGGUUGAUUAGUAAAUUGGACAGACUAGAGUCUUCUUCAGGUAUCUUAGAAGUGUUGCGCUGUAUCUUGAUUGAAAGCCCAGAAGCUUUAAAUUUGAUAGAUGAAGGCCAUAUAAAAUCCAUCAUCUCCCUGCUGGAUAAGCAUGGACGCAACCAUAAGGUUCUUGAUGUCCUGUGCUCUCUUUGUCUCUGUAAUGGUGUAGCAGUGCGUGCUAAUCAGAACUUAAUAUGUGACAAUCUUCUUCCUCGAAGAGAUCUGCUCUUGCAAACACGGCUGGUGAAUGAUGUGACAAGCAUAAGGCCAAACAUAUUUCUUGGAAUUGCUGAGGGCUCAGCCCAGUAUAAAAAAUGGUAUUUUGAACUAAUCAUUGAUCAGGUGGAACCAUUUCUGACAGCAGAACCUACACAUUUGCGGGUUGGAUGGGCCUCAACAUCAGGCUAUGCACCUUAUCCCGGAGGUGGGGAAGGAUGGGGAGGAAAUGGUGUUGGUGAUGACCUGUACUCCUAUGGCUUUGAUGGACUUCAUCUGUGGUCUGGUCGAAUAUCCAGGGCUGUUGCAUCCGUGAAUCAGCAUUUAUUAGCAUCUGAUGACGUAGUCAGCUGUUGCUUGGAUUUAGGGGCACCCAGCAUUUCUUUCCGCAUUAAUGGACAACCAGUGCAAGGAAUGUUUGAAAACUUUAAUACUGAUGGACUUUUUUUCCCUGUGGUGAGCUUCUCAGCUGGUGUCAAAGUGCGUUUCUUAAUGGGUGGCCGUCAUGGAGAGUUCAAGUUUUUACCUCCUACCAGCUAUGCCCCUUGUUAUGAAGCUUUGCUCCCAAAAGAAAAAAUGAAAUUGGAACCAGUAAAAGAAUAUAAGAGAGAUUCUGAAGGCGUUAGAGAUUUGCUUGGUACUACUCAGUUUCCUUCCCAGGCUAAUUUUAUUCCUUGUCCAAUUGAUACCCACCAGAUUGUUUUGCCUUUUCAUCUUGAAAAGAUUAGAGACAAGCUGGCUGAAAAUAUUCAUGAACUCUGGGGAAUGAAUAAAAUAGAACUUGGUUGGACCUAUGGCAAGAUACGAGAUGAUAAUAAAAGGCAGCAUCCAUGUCUGGUGGAAUUUUCAAAAUUGCCUGAAACAGAGAAGAACUAUAAUCUGCAAAUGUCAACAGAAACUCUAAAAACUCUUUUGGCCCUUGGAUGCCAUGUUGUUCAUGUAAAUCCAGGUGCAGAAGAAGAUCUUAAGAAAAUCAAGCUUCCUAAAAAUUACAUGAUGACAAAUGGGUACAAGCCAGCUCCUCUUGAUCUUUCUGAAGUUAAAUUGUUACCUUCUCAAGAAAUAUUAGUUGAUAAACUUGCAGAGAAUGCACACAAUGUUUGGGCAAAAGAACGAAUAAAACAAGGCUGGACCUAUGGUAUUCAACAGCUAGGACAAGAUUUUCUUGCAUGUUCAAGUGGUUUAUUGUGUCACCUCUCUGAAUAUGGCUCUUCAGAACAUCAGGUUGAACCACACACAAAACUAUUUCCAGCUGUUUUUUUACAGCCUACGAGCACAAACCUGGUACAGUUUGAACUGGGUAAAUUAAAGAACACCAUGCCUUUAUCAGCUGCAAUCUUUAAGAGUGAAGAGAGAAAUCCCAUUCCUCAGUGCCCUCCUCGGCUGGAUGUUCAAACACUCACACCAGUUGUCUGGAGCAGAAUGCCAAACAGUUUCCUGAAAGUAGAGACUGAUCGUGUCAGCGACCGCCAUGGAUGGCUGGUACAAUGCCUGGAACCAUUGCAAAUGAUGGCCCUUCAUAUUCCAGAAGAAAACAGUGUAAAGCGUAGUAAUUGCUAUCUGGUUUGGGGAGGAGAAUCAUUCGUAAAUUCUCAAAGAUCAAAUCGUGGUAAUGUUGAUCUAGAAAUUGGAUGCCUUGUCGAAUUAGCUACUGGGAUGUUGUCAUUCACAGCCAAUGGAAAAGAACUGGGAACUUUCUAUCAGAUUAAUAUGCUGCUGAAUUUUCAGCUGGGGGAAGAUUGUCCUUGUCCAGUGGAGAUUCGGGAAGAGCUAUAUGAGUUUCAUGAUAAGCUCCUAAUUCAUUGUGGUAUUCCAUUAGAUGAAGAAAAAGAAGAGGAAGAAAAUAUUUCAUGGGCUGGAAAACUAUGUUCUUUGAUAUAUAAAAUAAAAGGAAUACACAAAACAGAAAAGAGAGAAGCAACAGAAGAAGAAGAUAAAUAUCCUAUUUCUCUGAAAGAGCUGAUCUCUCAAACUAUGGUUCGCUGGGCACAGGAAGAUCAGAUCCAAGAUCCAGAAUUAGUUCGCAUUAUGUUUAACUUACUUCGACGGCAGUAUGAUAGCAUUGGUGAGCUGCUGCAAGCACUGAGGAAAUCUUAUACUAUAAGUGCUAAUUCCGUGCAAGACACAAUCAACUUAUUAGCAGCACUGGGGCAAAUUCGUUCACUUCUCAGUGUCAGGAUGGGAAAAGAAGAAGAAUUGCUCAUGAUUAAUGGCCUAGGAGAUAUAAUGAACAACAAAGUAUUUUAUCAGCAUCCUAAUCUUAUGAGAGUCCUCGGUAUGCAUGAGACAGUUAUGGAAGUAAUGGUAAAUGUGCUUGGAGGAGACAAAUCUCAGAUUGCUUUUCCUAAAAUGGUAGCAAGUUGUUGUCGGUUUCUUUGCUAUUUUUGCCGGAUCAGUCGCCAAAACCAAAAAGCCAUGUUUGAGCAUUUAAGCUACUUACUUGAAAACAGCAAUGUUGGACUUGCUUCUCCUUCUAUGAGAGGGUCCACUCCAUUAGAUGUAGCAGCCGCUUCCGUAAUGGACAAUAAUGAGCUUGCCCUUGCAUUGGAGGAGCCAGACCUAGAAAAAGUUGUAACCUACUUGGCAGGCUGCGGUCUUCAGAGCUGCCAAAUGCUUUUAGCAGCCGGAUACCCUGAUAUUGGUUGGAAUCCCAUAGAGGGUGAACGGUACCUCUCAUUCUUAAGAUUUGCUGUCUUUGUUAAUGGUGAAAGUGUUGAAGAAAAUGCUUGUGUUCUUGUUAAGCUUCUUAUUCGACGUCCAGAGUGUUUUGGCCCUGCUCUGAGAGGAGAAGGCGGAAACGGCCUGUUAGCCGCGAUGCAAGAAGCAAUUAAAAUUUCUGCGAACCCAGCUCUAGAUCUUACUUCUCAGGGUUGUAAGAGAAAAUUUCUAGAAGAUGAUGAGGAAGAGGAAGAAAUAGUCCACAUGGGCAAUGCAAUAAUGUCUUUCUAUUCAGCUCUCAUAGAUUUGCUUGGCCGCUGUGCACCAGAACUCCAUCUUAUCCAAACUGGGAAAGGUGAAGCUAUUAGAAUACGGUCAAUUUUGCGUUCCCUUGUGCCAACAGAAGAUUUAGUUGGGAUUAUAAGUAUUCCUUUAAAACUACCAACAAUAAACAAAGAUGGAACAGUUACUGAGCCAAAUAUGUCUGCAACUUUCUGUCCUGACCACAAAGCACCCAUGGUGCUUUUUCUAGAUCGUGUCUAUGGUAUAAAGGACCAAACCUUCCUCCUUCACCUUCUAGAAGUUGGAUUUUUACCAGAUUUAAGGGCAUGUGCUUCAUUGGAUACAAUUUCUCUAAGUACCACGGAGACAGCUCUUGCUCUAAAUAGAUAUAUUUGCACAGCUGUGUUCCCAUUACUCACGCGGUGUGCUUCUCUCUUUUUGGGAUCUGAGCAUUACAUCUCUCUGAUUGAUUCCACUCUUCAUACAAUAUAUCGCCUGUCCAAAGGUCGCUCUCUUACAAAAGCACAAAGAGACACAAUUGAAGAAUGCUUGCUUGCUGUCUGUCACCACUUACGGCCUUCGAUGCUACAACAACUUCUACGGCGAUUAGUUUUUGAUGUACCUUUACUUAAUGAAUAUUGUAAAAUGUCAUUAAAGCUUUUAACAAAUCACUAUGAGCAAUGCUGGAAAUAUUAUUGCUUGUCUUCAGGAUGGGGCAAUUAUGGAACAGCAGCUGAAGAAGAAUUACAUUUGACUGAAAAACUUUUCUGGGGAAUAUUUGAUUCCCUCUCUCAUAAGAAGUAUGAUCCAGAGCUCUUCCGAAUGGCCUUGCCUUGUUUAAGUGCAAUAGCUGGGGCUUUGCCACCAGAUUAUUUAGACACUCGAAUUACCUCAUUUUUAGAAAAGCAGACGUCAGUGGAUGCUGAGGGAAAUUUUGAUCCCAAGCCUAUCAGCACAGUGAAUGUUAUACUUCCUGAAAAGUUGGAGUUUAUUGUCAACAAGUAUGCUGAACACACUCAUGAAAAAUGGGCCUGUGACAAGAGCAAUUGUGGAUGGAAAUAUGCUCCAUUACUUGAUGAAAAUAUAAAGACACAUCCUUUAAUAAGACCUUUCAAAACAUUGAUUGAAAAGGAAAAGGAAAUCUAUCGAUGGCCUGCCAGAGAAUCUCUAAAAACCAUGUUAGCAAUGGGAUGGAGUCUCGAAAGAAACAAGGAUGGAGAAAAUAUAACUCAGCAACGUGAAAAUGAAAAGCUCCGUAGCAUAUCACAAUCUAGCCAGGGGAAUGGCUACAGCCCAGCACCUCUUGAUCUUUCAAAUGUUGUACUUUCCAGAGAACUCCAG